GGUGGUGCUUCGGGAAAAUGUAAACAACGCAACAGCAGCAGGUUGCUGACUCGCAGCGCUUUUUACUUUGAGAUGGAUGAAAAUGCUCGCUUUUAUCGGGAGCUGCCGAAGGUGGAGCUUCACGCGCACCUCAAUGGCUCAGUCAGCUUCGUUACCAUGGAGAAGCUGAUCAACAGGAAGCCGCACCUCAACAUCGAGAAAAGCAUGACAGCUAUCGGCAAGGGCCAGCGGAGGACACUGGAUGAAUGUUUUGAGGUGUUUAAAGUCAUCCAUAAACUGGUGAACACAGAGGAGGAUAUCCUGAUGGUGGCCACAGAUGUUAUCAGGGAGUUUGCAGCUGAUGGUGUCAAAUAUUUAGAGCUUAGAAGCACGCCAAGAGAAGAGAAAGAUACAAGAUUAACAAAACAGAGUUAUAUUGAGACUGUCAUCAGAGCCAUUCAGCAGUGCAAAAAUGAAGGAUUGGACAUUGAUGUUAGGUUUCUGGUGGCCAUUGACCGCAGAAAUGGGACUGAGGUUGCCAUGGAGACAGUGAAACUGGCCGAAGAGUUUAUGCUGUCAUCUGGUGGUCAGGUGGUGGGAAUUGACCUCAGUGGAGAUCCAAAGGUGGGCCAUGGCAAAUACCUGCUUCCAGCCUUGGAGAAGGCCAAAAACUGUGGAUUGAAGUUGUCGUUGCACCUUUCAGAAGUUCCCUCCCAGCUGGAGGAGACGGACUUGCUGCUAAAUCUCCCCCCGGACAGGAUCGGUCAUGGAACCUUCUUACAUCCUGAAAUGGGUGGAACUCAGCACCUUGUUGACAAAGUGGUGAAAAACAGGAUACCUCUGGAGCUGUGCCUGACGUCAAACGUCAAAGGACAAACUGUGCAAAAUUACUCCCAACAUCACUUCAGGUACUGGUACCAGUUGGGACAUCCAUGUGUCAUUUGUACUGAUGAUAAAGGAGUUUUUUGCACAGACUUGUCUCAGGAAUAUCAGCUGGCUGCUGCCACGUUUAACCUCAGCCAUGAGGCCGUGUGGAAGCUGUCCCAGCAGGCCGUAGACUGCAUCUUUGCAGAAGAAGCCCUGAAGGAGCAGCUGAAAGAGAAGUGGACUAAACUUCAGCCACAGGUGCUAAAUUUACCUGUUCAGCAAAUUUAACGCCAGUCGUAUAUUUUAAAGUUUAGUUUAUAAACUUAAACUUUUUACAACUGUUUUUAGAACUAAAUUAAACAAAAGUGUAAGACAGCAAUACAAAGCAGUGUUUGACACAAAUAAAAGUUAUUUAUUUCAUAA